GGAAAGAAGUGAAGAUGUGUAGGCACAGGGCAUCGUAACAUAAAAACAGCCAAAAAGAACAAUUCGAGAUUCCAGCUGCACUGCCACCGGACGGAGUAAAUUUGGAGAAAUGGAGGGGAGGAAAGUGGUGCUCUCAGCUCUCCAGUUUGCUUGUGCCGACGAUGUCGCCACUAACGUCGACACCGCUGAAAGGCUGGUGAGAUCUGCUCAUGAGAAGGGUGCUAAUAUCAUCCUUAUUCAGGAACUAUUUGAGGGAUAUUAUUUUUGUCAAGCACAGAGGGAGGACUUCUUUCAGCGAGCCAAACCUUACAAGGAACAUCCCACUGUUUUGAGGAUGCAAGCGCUUGCAAAGGAAUUGGGAGUUGUUAUACCUGUCAGCUUUUUUGAGGAGGCAAAUAAUGCACAUUACAACUCAAUAGCCAUAAUCGAUGCAGAUGGAACUGAUCUUGGAUUAUAUAGAAAAUCUCAUAUCCCAGAUGGACCGGGAUAUGAGGAAAAGUUCUACUUUAAUCCUGGUGACACUGGCUUCAAGGUGUUCCAAACUAAGUUUGCAAAGAUUGGCGUGGCAAUAUGCUGGGAUCAGUGGUUUCCAGAGGCAGCCAGAGCCAUGGUUCUUCAAGGUGCAGAGAUAUUGUUUUACCCUACUGCUAUUGGUUCUGAACCUCAAGAUGAAGGUCUUGAUUCGCGGGACCACUGGAAGCGAGUGAUGCAAGGGCAUGCUGGAGCUAAUUUGGUACCUCUUGUAGCAUCAAAUCGCAUAGGUAAGGAGGUCAUCCAGACAGAACAUGGUAAUAGUUCAAUCACAUUCUACGGCAACUCCUUUAUAUCAGGACCUAGCGGAGAAAUUAUUGCAGUUGCUAACGAUAAAGAGGAAGCAGUGCUCAUAGCGGAGUUUGAUCUGGAUAAAAUUAAAUCCAAGAGACAUAGCUGGGGAAUAUUUCGUGAUCGACGCCCAGACUUAUACAAGGUGCUUUUGACUUUAGAUGGCCACAACCCUUCAUCGUGAUUAGUUGGUUCCCAGUUCAGUUGAUCUAUUUAAUGAAUUUAUAUAACAAUGCCAUCAUGUUCUGAUUAACCUUGCUAGGAAAUCAUGAACAUGAACUCAUGUCAUAAUGAUACUCCAAAUAUUUGAGCUUUAAAUAUGAUAAAUAGCAUCAUCUUAGAUGGUGGGUCUGAAC